AGCAUUCCGCUCCUUCUCUUUCUUUAUCACACAUUGUUUGGUCCUGGUGCCACUUUUGUAGGCGUCAUCGCAGGUCUCCCGUCUCACCGCCGCACUUUUUUAUCUCUCCCGUAACCAUCGCCGCCACAGCCGCCACAGCAGCAAAGAACCCUACAUCACCCAUCCCAAACGACAGACAUGUCUUAUUGCAAAAUUGCCGCCUUGUACCCGCAGGCGCCGCGUGGCGAGAAGCGAAUCAUCUUCGCUCUUGACCCCCUCGGCGAGGAGGUGGAGCAGCAGCAAUUUAUGCUGCAGCUGAUCCCCGCUCGUGUGAUGAAGGUGUCCAAGACGGACGCCGGCAAUGUGCUGGUGCUGCAAGGCAAAAUCGAGCAGCACACCGUAGAAGGCGGCGACGUUCCAUAUUUCCACGUGGAGCUGGCACGCGAGUACGCCUCCACUCGGAGGGACGUGGCGGACGACGAUGAUGGAGUGAAGGUACGGCAGCUGGUGCCCAUGACGCAGCCGCCCAUGUUUCCGUACUCCAGCGUGUACCCGGUGGUGGUGUACCUGCCGGAGGACGUGGAGCUGCACUACAGCGUGUGGUACGGUGAGGAGCCGAUGCAGGCGGGCUCCGAGUAG